CUAAUCAGUUGUGAGUUCGAACAAUCUCUUUAAGACUUGGCGGUAAUUGUGUAUCAUCGGAAUGGAUUUCGGCGACGGCGCUUCGUUCGCCGUCGUCCCCACUGUGUACAAGAGAGAAGACUAUAAGCGGACCAAACACGACGCCGUUUUCUCCAAGUGGAAGGUUCUGAUAGGAUCCAACGAUUGGGAGGAUUUCAAGAAUGGGAAAGACGGUGUAGGUAGAUACAGAAUCCAGAACUUACCCCGUAGAUCUUGUCCGGGUCUGUACGAGCUCGGUGUAGCAGUAAUCGGUCGAGACCAAAGCCGGAAGCUUGACUCCGAUGAAGUUCUUGCUGCAUAUCUAGGACAAGCUGAAAGUGUUAGAUCUAGACUCCAGCGUUAUGGAAGAUCCGGUGCUCAUUUGCGCAAUGUACACAUCCUUAACGACUGUGAAAUCAUCGAAUCCCCAGAUAAGAAAGCUGUGAACGGUGGUUUGUUUGAGGACAUAUUCUCGAAAGAAGGCUCGAUAUUGUAUAGAUGGGCUCCGAUGAGAUCUAAGAGGGUAGCUGAGGCAACAGAAGGGAUGCUUUUGAGCACAUUUGACUAUGCAUGGAACAAAGGAAGCAACGGGGAAAGACGCCAGCUUGAUUUACUUGAGAAGCUCGGUGAUCGAGAGUUUAUGAGCAAGAGAAAGUCUGGGAUAUCACGAGUGCUGUUUCCUUUUCUUCGAAACCAAGUUGGUAUCAGAAUCAAAGGAGACAAACAUGUGCUUAAAGAAGAGAGAAAGCUAAGCUGUGAUGUCGAUGAAAAGAAGAAGAGUAAUCAUUUCCUCGCUGCGAUACUCAAACUCUCCCGUUCUAGACCUCAACCGGUUUCAGACAGAUUUGAUGAGAUUGAUGGUUCUUGUUCUGAUUCUGCUUGUGGAGUCAUUCUUGAAAAUGGUGUUUGCUGCAAUAGAAGACCUGUCAAAGGAAGAAAGAGAUGUAUAGAGCAUAAAGGGCAGAGAAUAUACCGUGUUUCCCCUGAAAAACACACACCGCCACAGCCCGAGAUCUUCACGGGACAAGUUAUUUGUGGAGUGAUCUUACCUAACAUGGAAGCUUGCACUAAGAGACCUGUUUCAAGAAGAAAACGAUGCGAGGAUCACAAAGGCAUGAGGAUCAACGCUUUCCUCUUUCUUCUUAACCGGACAGAUCGUGAGAAAACCGUCAAAUCUGAGAAACCUUAUUCUGAAUCGCAUACCGAAGACACAAACAAAGAAAAAGCUUUGAAUCGCUUCUGUGAAGCUACAACAAAGAAUGGUUUACCUUGCACAAGAAGUUCUCCUAAAGGAAGCAAAAGAUGUUGGCAACAUAAGUAGGAUAUAGAAAAGAAACAGAUGUUAAAAGAAGAGAGUAAACAAAUCGUUAUUUAAAACCGGUUUUGUUUGUUUGUUGUACCGAUUUUCUGUACCGGAUCAUUUAUUAAUUUUUAGAACUGUCGGCAGAAUUACCACCG